GGAGCGCAUCCCCUCACGGCCGGUGACAGACCGCGACAUGCAGCCGGGACCCAGUGCUCCACUGCUGUGUUGUUAAAGUAGCUUUCAGGAAAAGAACAGAAAGAGAGAAAGAGAAAGAAAGAGAAAGAGAGAGAGCAGACGCGGUACUCCCCCCCCCUCUCUCCACAAUGAUGGCUAAAACUCUGGAGAAAGUGCCGGUGAGUCUCGGAGGGUUCAUGCACCCCGAGAGCGUGUACGCGGUGGAUGACAUCGGCUCCAGCUUGGCGACCUCCGUGGCGAUCUUCCCCAACAGCGACCUGGGAGCUCAUUACGACCAGAUCAACGUGGCAGAUGGUCUGAUGAGCGCAGACAUGGGGGUCGAGAAGCGCUCUCUGGACCUCUCCCCCUACUCCAGCGGCUUCUCUCAGGCCGCAGCGCACCGCAACCAGACCUUCACCUACAUGGGAAAGUUCUCCAUCGACUCCCAGUAUCCAGGUAACUGGAACCCCGAGGGAGUGAUCAACAUCGUCUCGGGCAUCUUCAACGUGGCCCAACCGCCGCCGCCUCCGCCUCCUCCCUCCUCCUCGGCGUCCUCCUCCCCGGCUUCCUCGGGAUCUCCCAAUCACUUUCACUCCGGCGGAAAUGUGAGUUGCGCCAUGGCGGCUCAGAACCAGGCAGAGAUGGAGCACCACCAUCACCUGUACUCCCCUCCCCCUCCGUACUCCUCUUCCGGAUGCGGGGAGAUGUACCAGGACCCCUCUGCGUUUUUGUCCACCUCCACCUGCUCCAUCGCCUCUUACCCACCGCCCUCCUACUCUUCGCCCAAGCAGCUCGGCGGCUCAGAGGCGCCGGGGCUCUUCCCCAUCAUCCCCGACUACUCGGGCUUCUUCCAGCCCGCGUGCCAGAGGGACAUGCACACGGCGGGUAUCCAGGAUCGGAAACCGUUCGGUCCAUGUCCGCUCGACCCGUUUCGCGUCCCUCCUCCCCUGACCCCGCUGAACACUAUCAGGAACUUUACGCUGGGUCCGGGCAGCGGCGGCUCCGAGGGGGGGCCGCCGAGGCUCCCCUCUGCCUAUAGCCCUCAGAACCUGCCCCUGAGGCCGAUCUUGCGGCCCAGAAAGUACCCGAACAGACCCAGCAAGACCCCCAUCCACGAGCGGCCGUACCCGUGUCCGGCGGACGGCUGCGACCGGCGGUUCUCCCGCUCCGACGAACUGACCCGACACAUCCGCAUCCACACUGGACACAAGCCGUUCCAGUGCCGCAUCUGCAUGCGCAACUUCAGCCGCAGCGACCACCUCACCACGCACAUCCGCACGCACACGGGAGAGAAGCCGUUCGCGUGCGACUUCUGCGGCCGGAAGUUCGCCCGAAGCGACGAGAGGAAGAGGCACACUAAAAUCCACCUGAGGCAGAAGGAGAGGAAGUCCUCCGUCGUGUCCUCCUCGUCCUCCUCCUCGUCCAGCAGCUCCGGGCUGGAGCGGCCGUUGGGCGCCAUCAGCGCAACAAGCGGGAUUUGUUCAUAGUUUCCCCUGGAACACGCCGUGACGCACACUAACCUCUUAAAAGAAAAUAAAUAACUAUUAAAUAAUUAUUCUAAAACGGUUGUGAGACAGCAGCCUAUAAACACCGGGAUGGGAUUGAGAAACAACUUCCGUGCGGUCGUGCGCAAUUACGCACGUCCACCCGUCCCCGACCCAGAACCGACGGAGAGACUGACACGAAUGCACUUUGCCUGUACAGUCGACUGAAAAACAAAAGUAAACAUAUAGACAUUAAUUCAUAAGAAUAUACAAGGGGCGGUUGUAAUAUAAAGUGGGUUGUUUAAAUAUCGCCAAACACACGCGCGCGCAACAGGCUGCGUGUUAAAAUGUGAAAUAACUGCAAUAACGCUUUGAAGCAAGAGAACUGUUCUAAGUUAUUGGAUUGACAAAGUGUUCAUUCUAACAUGCUCGUUGAUACGUGUCCCCUUCAGUGCCUUGCUGUGUGUCGUUUUUUUGUACACUGACUUCAAGGACGCUUCUAAUGCAAAUGUAUAUUUGUCCUUUAAUCUGUAAAGUUGGAACACAUUUCUAUUUUUGUACGCAUUUCGUCUCGUGUAACUUCAAGUUGUCAAAGCAGUUUUGUAGUUCACGUGUAAAACAAUGUCGGGGUGUAAAUAUGUGGAACUCAUACACGUCUGUUGUCGUGCUGUGUCCUUUGAGACUUAUUAAAUAUAUGUGGAUGAUAAACGCA